AUACCCAAAAGCUAUUAAACAAGCAUUGGGUACUAAGUGAAAAUGAUGUGACAACCUACCUAAAUGUGAAAUUAAUUUUCUGCUUUACUAUCUUUCAUUAAUAUAUGAGUCAAAUGGAUUAGUUGGCUCAUUUUCAAUAUAGUAGUAGUUUGAGAAGGUGGUGGUAGAGUGUGUUCAAGAACAGUUUGUUUAUUUCACUUAUACAAUAUUGUAGUUAAAUAUGCAUUUCUGGAAGAAUCGUAACAAUAAUUGGAAUAGGGCAGCCGUAAAUUUUCUUGGCACACGUGAAAUGAAAGCAGAUGAAAAACCACCAAUUAAACCCCACCCAAAUACAUUUGGAUACAACGCAUUCCCUAAUCCAGCAAUGUUUACUCCAUCCCAACUUUUAAUGGCUAGUCAACUAAUGGCAGCUACAGGAUUAACUAUACCCGGUAGUCCUGCUUUCUUCCACCCCGGUUUAAUGCCUAUACCGUGGACGGCAAAUUCACCUCCUUCGAAUUCCCCACCUUCUCCUCCUACUAGUAAUGAACGUCUCUCUCCUGCAAUUAGUACAAGGAAAAUUAAUAAUAAUAACAAUAGUAAUAGUAAUAAUAAUAAUAAUGUCGUGAGUAGUAGUACGACGGCAGAUAGUAGGAGAAGGAAAUACAAAUUAGAUGAAGAAACCACUACUACUGUACCUUUACCUUCCCCUACCUCUAGUGUAUCGCCUCCUUCCGAUGUCAAGGAUCCCAACAGGGAUAAACAAUUCACGUGUGGAGUUUGUAAUAGAUCUUUUGGCUACAAACACGUUUUGCAAAAUCACGAAAGGACACAUACAGGUGAGAAACCAUUCGAAUGUCCAGAAUGUCAUAAAAGGUUUACAAGAGAUCACCACCUGAAAACCCACAUGAGGCUCCAUACGGGAGAACGUCCUUAUCACUGUGAACAUUGCGAUAGACAAUUCGUCCAAGUUGCCAAUCUUCGGCGACAUCUUAGGGUACAUACUGGAGAAAGGCCGUAUUCUUGUGAGCAUUGUACCGCUAAAUUUUCCGAUUCUAAUCAGCUAAAGGCGCAUGUGCUUAUCCAUACCAACGAAAAACCUUUUUCUUGCGAAAGAUGUCAGAGUAGAUUUAGAAGAAGGCACCAUUUAUUACAUCAUAAGUGCGGUAUUACCGACAAAGAAAUGACUCCAGAAUCGGACGAUGAGGAGUUACAAAAAAGAAGGAGACUGCAUCCUCCUUCUACACCUCUAAUAACAUUUCCUCUACAAGUGGCCCUACCUGAACAGACCGAGCCAGAAGACCUCAGUAUGUCAACGGGACUUCAUUCGAAUAGUUCGGGUUCACCUAUAAGAAGUCCUUAUUUGAAAGAAGAAGAGGAAGACAUCGAAUCCACUGCGAUAUUUCUCCAAAGAAGGCCAAUGAGUAGGUCCUAGUCUAGUUAUUUUUUAUAAUCGAUAUGGGUACGUUGAAGUCAAAUUAUUAUUUAGAUUUAUAGUCUUUGCAACAUGAUUACUUGCAGAUGAUUUUUAGAAUUCUAUAUAACUAUUAAAAAACAUGGAUGCUAAAACUUAUUAAUAUAAAUAUCUAUUAAGUCAAGAAAUCUUUUUUUGCAAGUGAUUUUGCGUGCGGUAAGACAAAAUUAACGAUAUGACAUGAUGUAAUUUCAGGGAUUUAGUAGAUUUCUUUUCAAUUUGUAUUAUAAUCUUGGUAUGCAAGUUCCUCAAACAAUAGUAGUAGUUCAUUGUUAGGCGUUAAAGAGAUUCUGUUUCGAUCAAAAAACAGUUGAAUGAAGAGUAGGCUGUAAAAUUUUAUAGAAAAAAUUGAGCAUAACAAAAAUUUAUUCAUAUUUUCAAACCUGUUUCUAGGCAAAUAAUAAAUCUUCAGUUAACAUAGUUCUCUUACCAUUACGAUUACUGAACAUUUAGUCAAUAUGGUUUCCUAAUCGAUUGAUUCAAACAAAUGUGAUAUGUUACAAGAUUCAUAUAUUGCAAAAUCACAUUGUCCUUUUAUAUAUAACUAGUAUUUCAAAGUAACACAGAAAUGAUUAGAACCCAUUUUACUACGCUCUAAUGCUUGCUGUAAAAAAUGUAAAAGAAUUGGGGCAUUAAAAUUUUUGACUUGAAUACAUUUUUAUUAUACACAGUAUUCAAAUACCAUUGUUACAAAAAGGAUUUGCAAAACAGUUUUUUAAAAAGGAAAAAAUGAGUAUAGUUAACAGUAAUAAACUUUUAUAGUUUGUUAAAAAAAGUGCAAAUAGGACAGGAGUGAAAUUGAGUUCCCAGGAUAGUUACUUACAUAUCUCAACUAAAUAUUGAAUUUUUGUUCAUGCAGUAAAUAAAAUAUAAUAUUUAUACAGGGAAUGUGAAAUAAAAUAAUAUAAAAGUUCACAAUUUUCAACUUUUCUAUAUUAUUUUAUAUAAAAAUGUGCACAAUCAUGAGAUUAUUAAUUAUUUCAUGUUUGGUACACAUAACUCUAUUUUAAAUACAUAUUUUUCUGCUUCGUGUUAUGUUUCUAAUUAAAAAUUUCAAUAAUGUUCAAUUAUAUUCAAAGUCGAUAAGAAGGAUUAAAUUUAAUGUUGUAUCCGAACAUGAUAACUUUUUCUUUACUUCUCCUGCUGAGCAUACUGUCGAUGAGGUACACAAAACAAAUAAAUCAGAUAAAAAUGAAUCAAUUGUGCGAAAUACUUUUUCUGUGUCAAAAACGAUUUAAAAAACUGCAAUGCAUCAUAGUAAGUCCAAAAAAUAUAUUUAAAUUUCUAUAAUUGGCCCAGUGCAAUAGUCACUUUGUCCUAAGUUGCUAUUCUUUUAUACCGUUUUGUAAAUAAACAAUUCAGUGCUUCUUUAUGAUAAUACAUGGAUUGCGAGUUAAAACAAUAUUGAGAAAUUAUACGAGAUUAAAAAAAUUAAAUUGGAAACAAAUGUAAACACAACAAAAGUUACGGAAGAAACUAAGAUGAUAAUCCCAAUAAAUGAAUCAAAGAAAAGUAACUAAAACAUUCUAGAAGUAUUGGCUUAUGAAUAUAUAGGCACAAUUAUCUAUAACAGGAAAAAUAGAGGCAAACAGAAACAAUAAAUCGACACUAUUGUACUACGUGAUGGAUAGGCCACAAAGAAUAUGUAUUGAAAUUAAACAGGAAUACAUAAUGGAAUAAUUAUCCACAUUCUAACAUAUUCAACAGAGUAUUGUGUAAUUGAGAGAAAGUAAGAAAGCUAAAUUGAAGCAAAUUGAAUGAACACAUAAAGGAAAUGGCGGAAUAAAUAUCAAUACGCAAAAAAGUAAAAUAUUUCAGUUUUUAACUAGAUAAAAUUGGAAUGUCCAAGAGAGGAGGUAGAAGAACUAGGAAAAAAACGAAGGAGGAAAUAGAAGGAAAACCCUUCAGGUAAUAAAAGCACUUGAUUAAGACAGAAAAACAUAGAUAAAGGGGUAAAACAGGACUCAAUCCAACCUGAAACGGCAUAAGGACAAUACAAGAUGGAGAAGAAGAAAAAAAUAACGAGCAGUUUUUCUUCCUUAUUCUUUUGCCGUAUUUUCUUUAGCAGGACAGAGAAACAAUCCUACCCAUCUUCCAUUUUUUUUAUUAAAAAUUUAAUAAAUAAUAACAAACAAUUAAACUCAAAACCUAUAGUUUUUAGCUUAAUUUUUUAAACUGUAUUUGGUGCUGACCUAUUCUGUUCGCACUGUAAACUAAAGUUAUCGAUUAUUAUUAAGAGGACAUUGAAAUUCGUUAUUAAUAUAGCCGAAUAUUAAUUGUUUCGACCAACCCAAUUAAAAUUAAAGUCAUCAUCAUAAAUUAACCAAUCAAUAUUGAACAUCAUUCACUCCAACUUAUCUAACCUGUAAAAUUUCAACGUCAAUCAUAAUCUAACCAAUAAAAAUUCCUAACUAAAAUCAAUAUUUCUAUCAUACGUCAUUUUGGUUGUUGACAGAAGUGGCAAAGAGUGAAAUAACUUGAAGUUCUAUGAUAUAUAUUUAUUCAUAUCUGCAUUUUAAGAAACUUUACAGUCACUAAAUCAUCUCACAAUUUUUCAGAUAAAAAAUAUAUUAGCACAAGUCUAAGUUUUGCAAAAAAGUGAUAGCUUGAAUUUUACAACUCGUCUUUUGUAUAUGUAAAAAAUUUCUAGAAGCUAAUUCUUGAAAUAUUGUAAAAAGUAUACAAUAGAAUUUGAAAUGCAUAAUACAAAAGAGAAAUUCCAUUUUUGCCUAUCGUUAUUUAUUGCUCUAGUUUUAUUGUAGAAUAUGUUUCCUGGUUUGUUCUUAGAAAUUGUAUUGCACAAAAUGUAAAUGCAAACAGUUAGGUGUGUUUUGUGGUAUCUAUUUGGACUACCUGAAAAAAACUGCCUGCCAUUUGCAUUAAAGACAAAUUCGCAAUUGUGAAAUUUCACAAGGUCAAAAAACUUUUGUGCCUCUCCACCAUUUCAAAAUGGUCUUUUAUAGUUAUUGGGCAAUCAAUUGACCUAGAAGUUGCUUUUACAAUAAAUAUUUGUCUUCACUUAUUUUCACACACUUCCUUAAUAUAAAAAUAUGGUAGCAUACUUUUUUAAAUAUAUAAUAGCUUCAGUAAACUUAAAAUGCAUCUAUGACUUGAGGACCGUUAACUGAUUUUCAAUUACUCUUUGUGUUAACAUUUAUAAAUGAAAACUAGUUUGUUAUUCAAAGAACUUCAAUAAGUCGAAGGGGUUUAACGUAUUCAAAUUGUAACUAGUGUAUUAAUAUCGGAUUGUUAGAUUUUGAUAGACAUUAUACUAUGUUGUUUGCUUUGUAAUAACAGUAUUUCUUUCAAAAAUAGGAAAGAAAUUUCACACACUUUUAUGGAAACACUUUACAUAUAUUUUAACAAAUUUAAUUCUCUUUGGAAAACUAUAAUAUUCAAAACUCUUCUUUUUACCUAAUAAUUUCUUCGUGGUUACAAAAUGAUGUCGAAAAGUAAUUCCGCUUAUUCAGAGUAAUGAAAGAAAAACAUUUACAUAUUUGACUGUUUUUUUGAAUUCUCAAUUUUUUAACGUCAACAAUAUAAUCAAAUAUGGUUCAGUUACAGACAAUACAUCAACAUACUCGUAUAAGUACGACUUCCGUGGUUUUAUUUCUUGUUUAUCUAUCCAUGAGAAAUUCUAGAUCAUUCCGACCCAUCGCAAGAGGUCAGAUUUAUUAUUUAUCAUAGAAACAAACUUAAUAUUCAGUGGAAUUAGCUCUCCAAUUUCGAUCUGGGGAUCUGGUUUUCGUUUUCCUAUGCUCUUGAGCUAUGAGAUAAUAUCGUAACUUCUUUCGACUUUAGAUCAGGAUCAGUAUCAAAUGUUAUAAUAUGCUCAAUACUUUGUAAACAUUUCAGUGGUCUGAUGCUAGUAUUCAAAUAUAAGAAGCCGUUUUAUAUGGAAUAAAUAAGGUCAAAAUAUUGCACAUAUACUCUUCUAACUUGCACGUUGUUUGACAUUGUUCAAGGCUCUUGUCGUUGCAUCAUGGCUACAACUAAUCAGAUCUAAACCUUUUCUCUUGUUAUAGUUUCUUUCCGUUUGUUAAUCUAUCCAUCAUUGGUCAUAAUAACAAAAAAAAGAAAAAAAGUCAAAUUUACCACAAAAGACGAAUAGGGUAGUUUUACAGAUCAGCUGAUUUUAAGGACAACCGGAUGUUCAAUUAAUCGACUUUGAGCUUCAACUGUGCAUUAAUUUGAUUAAGGUAUAUUACGUCUUGCAUUGCAUUUCGUCUUCCUCUUUAACAAACGAACUUUAGAAGUAGGAAGUCUAGUAAGUCAAGUCGUAUUACAACUAGUUGAAUGUAUCUGGCUAUUUAUUAUUUGAAGACCUUCAUUUUUUUAAAGACCUUCAUUUUAACAGUUCUGCAUGUGCUUUGUUAUAAACAAAAAUGUCACAUGUGUAUUUUCCAAUAAAAUUUUCUCUCUUCCAAAUAGUCGUUGUUUCAAAAACUAUGUUGAGAGAACUUAUUGCACUAUUGUAAGAAAAAUAAUGUUAUAUAUUUAACAACUGUUCCAACUGGUAUUUCAACAUUUCUUACAACAACAUAACCUUUUUGAUGAUUGUAACAAUCGAAAGGGUGAAAAAGUAUCCCUACUGAAAUUCAACACUAUUAAUAAUGUUACAAUCAACUAUAUGAAAUCGAUACCUUUUAAUAAACUUAGUACUCUUAAAAAACUUGAAAAAGAUUGAGUGAAAAUCGUUAUCAAACCUGUUUCAAACGCUCAUUCAUAUUGAAUAGAAACAAUAUUAUUUUCAAAUCAAAAUAAAUGCAAUAAUUCUGUUAAAACGUUCCUAAACGUUUGUUAUUUAGUUGUCAGAUGUGAUCCAUCUUCGUUUUUCACGUAAUCUGCUCACUUUAUUGUAGUUCGGACAAUAGUGAUAAUUCUUUUGACCAUUCCUUGAGUUAGUCAUCUAGGAGCACGAGAUUGGGAUAUUUUUUGUGUAGCCACUUUUCACGUACCCUAGAGUCUUUCGGAUUAUCAUCUGGGAUUGAUUUCAUUUGGAGAUCAUUAAACAGAUCUUCGAUCCGAAUUUGUUCUGAAAGCUGCGAGUUAAGUUUGGUGUCCAAAUUUAAACCCAAAUAUUUUCCUAUUUUCUUAUUCAAGAUACUACUAUUAUUCGAAGUAAUUGAGUGGAACUGUCUUAGCUAUGGCUCUUUUCUAUUGAUGUACCUAUUGGUGAAAAAUUUAUGUCGUCAGCAAACGUGGUUCUCGUUCAGAAUUAUCAGUUGUGUACAAAGGUCUUGGUACUAUAUUUUCUUCUUAUACCCCCGAGUUAAUUAUGUUGCCUAUUUACUCGUCUUUUACUAUAUAGCUUUACUAUCGAUGAAUAAUUAGUAUCUAAGUAUUUAAUAAUAAAAAAUGUAUUAAAAUUCAGAAGACAUAAACACGUAUGACAUUAAAAAAUUAUUUGCAAAUUUUCUUUUUCAAAAAUAUUUCAAAGAAAAUACUAGUGGCUCAUGCAAUUUUCUAUGUAAGUUUUGCAUUUUAUAAAUUCCAUAUCCAUAUUAAUCAAUAUCCUAUGAACUGGUUCAUUAUUUAGGUAAAUCUGUCGAUUUAUUUGUAACAGUGAUAUCAUUAUCAUUAGAUUCAAUGUAUCCUUAGUCCUAGCAUGAAAGGAAUAUUUGAAUAUGAAUUUUUACAGCCUACCUUCAUCGAUACGAUCUUUCAAACGGGUAAUUAUUUUUUGUAAAUAGUAUAUAUUACAUUUAUACAUAUCGAUUUUUAAAAUUGAAUGUCUGUAUUAUAUGUGUGAUUGACUGUUUCAUUAUCAACAGCACCGUAUAGGAAGAUAUAUUAAUUCUAUUUUCACAUCAAGAAUUUGAAAGUUUCGUACAGACCCGAACAUUACGUCCCGAACAACAAAUAAAACGGUUCCGUUAUUUGUUUAAGGCGGUGGUGAAAAACCAUCCACUUUACUUUUCAACCUUACAUUGGAAAUAGCAAUAAGGAAAGCGCAAAAACACACAAGGUUUAAUCUACUACCGGAAUUAUCAAAUUUUAGCAUAUGGAGAAGAUUGUAAUAAAAAAAAGGUUUGGAUCAAAAAGAUUCGGGCCCAGGCUAAACGGCGAAAGGGCAUAGGAAAGGCAACAUUGAAAGAAAACAAAUCUUUCAGGAAUGGGGAAUAUAAUUUCGAAAAAGUUGAGUCUUUCGAUUAUCUUCUAAUGAUGAUGAUUAAUACAGAUGAUGAGACCAAAGAGCUAAAAAAUCGGGUAGCAAAAAGCUGUAGAAUAAUGGAACGGAAGAGAUAUAUAACGAGUCCAAUAUUGAACAUGUAUUCAAAGCCCAAAGAGUCAAGUGAGUAGGGCAUGUGCACAGAAAGACACAAUAGAUCCUUUGGGUCGCAGUGUAUAUUAUACCCUAAUAUCCACAUAUGCACAGAAGGAAUGCAAACAGAAUUGCCAAGAGAGCACAAAUGAAGGGAAUCAGAAUCAGAAGAGGAAGAGACAGGCCGAAAAACAAAUGGAUAUGAGACGUAACAACAGAUUUAAGAAGAGUGGGAAUAACUGGAGAGGCAUAGUGAAGACAAUAGAGGAAGUUGAACAAAACAGAGCUUAAAGAAUUUGAUUAUACUCAAUAUUUUGGAAAUUUUUUAAGCUUAAAUUGCUGUAAUAUAUAUAUAAAGAUGCAAGUGGAUAAAAAUUCAAUCAAAUCAAUUAAAUCAAUGUAUUCAUACUCUAUCCACUCCAUUAUGUACAAAAAGGAGUCUGAAGCACUCCACCAAAGACUAUUUGUUAUUUUGAUUCAACCCGUUCCAUUGAUGUCCACAACGAAUGGCAACUUAUCGAUUUGCUAAUCUGUUAGGAAUCGCGUUAUUGAGCGCAUAAACAUCGUGAAUAUUUGCAAAUAGGUGUUGAAAGACAUUUACGAUGAGCACGCAUUUCCCACACGCGAGGUAUGAGUUUGUAAACGAGAAAAUAACCAGAAACUUUGUCAAAAACCUUUUAAAUCCUACAUAACUGUGCAUCUUUCGGCUUUCCAAAGCAGAAGAUUUCCGGCAGAUAACAUACACAUUGAAUUAUCUUCCAUCAUAACAUUAUUAAAUGUUAUGGGUAGUAAACAAAUGAUCAACCUCCUCGGAAAAAGGUGUGUGCGUGGAUCUGCGAUGGCUCGUUGCUCGUACUUGAACAUGUUGGAAAAUGUUUUUGCUCCUUGGUACUUGCGAUAUGUAUGAGGCCAACAUUAGACAUACCAAGUUGGUGUUACGAUUUUAUUCGUUAUAAUGCGUAAUAUACAGGUCUGUACGUAGCUUAAGAUUAUAAUUUAAUUGAUCGUUAUAUCCGUUGCAACAUUCUAAUAUUAUUUUUUAAUGAAAAAUCGAUAUUUUAAUGAAAAAAAAUUUCAAAUUCACCCAUAGGUUUUUGAAAUUUUCCUCCUUCAAACUAAUACUCUACCACAUUGUGUAUAAAUAUUUGCUAAUUGUUAAUAGUGAAUAAUUAUCUAUUUCAACGAUUCUAGAGUUUUAUCUUUAGAAAACAAGAUUUUAAUGCAAUGAAGACUGAUAAUUAGUUUAAAUAUUUCUUUUGUCCUAUUUAAAGCAAACAGUUUUGUUUAUGAGAUAUAAUACAAAACAAAAUUAUUUACAACAAAUAUCCUUAGAAUGAUAAUAGGCAUAAGAUCGAAUAAAAAAAUUGUACUCAUCUAUCGAAAUAAAAUUGAUUUUAUAAGAAAUAUAUCGAAUGUGAUCUUAAUCAAAAGCAACAAAAUAAGAAAAA